AUAGAGUUCUUAAAUAUCGACAAUUUAUGUUGCAACUAGCAUGGAAUUUUAUUGACGAUGCAUUAAAUAAUGAUAAAAAAAUAAAUAAGCAAUGUUUGAAUAAUAACUCAACCUUAAUUGUAGGCAAAAAUUUUAAACUUCCCGUUAUUCAUCUUUCUGGUGUAGAUCAUUAUCCAGAAUGGAGAAUGGACCAU